AUGGAGUUCUUAAGGAAGUACUUUCCGGAGGAUGUCUCUGGCAAGAAGGAGAUUGAAUUUCUUGAGCUUAAGCAAGGAAACAAGUCUGUUAUGGAGUAUGCUGCCAAGUUUGGUGAAUUGGCUAAGUUUUAUCAAUACUAUGAAGGACCGAAUAGUGAGUUUUCCAAGUGCAUUAAGUUUGAGAACUGUUUGCGUCCGGAAAUCAAGAAGGCGGUUAGUUAUCACAAGAUUCGUAUCUUCCCUGAUUUGGUGGAUAGUUGUCAGAUUUAUGAGGAGGACAACAAUGCUCAUUAUCGUGUGAUUAAUGAGAAGAGGGGUAAGAGUCAACAAGGCCGUGGCAAGCCUUAUGAAGUUCCAAAUGGAAAGGGUAAGCAAAAAUUUAGUGAUGGCAAGAGGACUAAUGGGGGAGUCGCUCCUGGUGGUAUUGUGUGCUUCAAGUGUGGCAAGGUUAGCCACAAAAGCACGGCGUGUAAUGUUGAUGCUAGAAGAUGCUACCAUUGUGGGAAGUUUGGUCAUGCGUCAUCUGAAUGUACGCAUAAGGAUAUGGUGUGUUUCAACUGUGGUGAAGAAGGACAUAUUGGAAUUAAGUGUCAGAAGCCCAAGAAAGAGCAAUCCAGUGGAAAGAUUGGGUCUUGUGUUAUCUGCUAUGAAAGGAGAGAUGGUUAUCGAUACUCCAGCUAA